ACUUCAAGUUGGCGACUUCGUCCGCUACCUUGGCCGCCAUGUUGACCGUGGAGAUCGUUCAGUGCUUGUCUCGUGGACAAUCUUGAAAUUUACGAGCCUCUCGAAUCGCCCCGCUAACAGACGCCGGUGGGCUAUCGCCCACGCAUUCGGUCGAUUAGCCACAGCUAGGCCAUGCUUGUCUUAGCCUCGGCAACUUGGCGAUGACGUCCUCCAUGCGCGCCCACCCUUCACUCAAACCCAUACUUCCUGCAUGGGCACCUACACCCCCGGAUACUGGUAAUGGGCAAUGCCACCCCGCCCAUCUACUCUCCUGCGAUCAAUCGCUUCAUCCUCGGCCCCGCGUCUACCGAGCCUGUCAUCGCAAUACGUCUGUCACGCAUGUCUCCGUCGCACAAUACCUGCUCCUCCGCGGCGCAUUCAGGUCGCACACUUGCAUGCCACAGCACCACGACCCGCCGAUGCGCUGGUCAACCACUAUGAGACGUUGCAUCUGACCUCGACGGCUUCUGCCUCUGAAAUCAAGCGCCAAUUCUAUACCCUCUCCAAGAAAAACCACCCGGACCACAACCGCAAUGAUCCCGAAGCCUCGACACGUUUCGUCGCUAUAAGCGAAGCCUACCACGUUCUCUCCGUCCCAGAGAAACGUGCACAAUACGACGCUCAACUGGAGCAUUCACAACGGCAGUCGCGAUGGGGACAGAGCGGGAAUGAAUACCCGCAAGGGAGCUACAGCUCCGCUGCCUAUGGCUCAAGACCGGCUAGUGGGCUGAACAAGAAGCGCAGUACCUUCCGAGGCCCACCGCCUUCGUUCUACAAAUCUGGUGGCUAUGGACGCCAUGGUGCGAAGCGAGCCGAAUACGCAUAUUCCAACGCACACGAACGAGGGGAAGCAGGUAAGGAUGCCGGUCAAGAGUCCUACGGCGAAUGGGGCGGCUUUGGUCCAGGACAGCAGAAGCAAGGCAAUCAAGUUCCCCAUUUUGACGACAUAAGGCACAAAGAAACGCAGGACAACGUAAAUGAUCAUAUAUGGGCUAGGCGAAGGAAGCUGCGCAGGGAUGGCAUCAAGGUGGAAGAGGAAUGGGAAAAGGGCAAUAUGGUUGUCAAUUUCCUAGCGGUUUCGACUGUCAUUGCGCUCAUUGGGAUUACGGCCAAGUUCUUUGAGAAUCGGCACGAGGCUAGUAGUCAUCGUAAGAACAAGGAGAGCGCAUAAGUUGCGUGGGCGAUUGAAGAUAGAACCAAAGGGUUGAGUAUCAUGUCGGAUAAUAACUCAGUACUUUCAUCAAAGCCUACUACUCCUAAGCAUAGCCUAGUGUGGCUGACAGAUGAAUGAUGAUGAUGAUGAUGUUCUUCUUACGAGCGAGCAUUUUGAACAGGAGGCCCCAUGAAUCGGAA